UCCCCAGGCACAGCGGCGGCGGAGGGUGGGAGGUGGUGCGGCCCUGGGCAGCCGUGGCCCCAGGGGUGGUGGGCUUGGGUGGGCUGGCCUCGUCCUGCCCCGGCCGCGAUGCAUCCGCGGCGCCCGGACGGAUUCGAUGGCUUGGGCUACCGGGGUGGCGCCAGAGACGAGCCGGGAUUCGGCGGCGCCUUCCCUGCAAGGUCCUUCAGCUCCGGGUCGGACCUGGGCCCCUGGGUUACGACUCCCCCAGACAUCCCGGGGAGUCGUAACCUGCACUGGGGAGAGAAGAGCCCGCCCUACGGUGUGCCCUCCGCUUCCACCCCGUACGAGGGCCCGGCGGAGGACGCCCUCCCCGGCGGCGGCGGCGACGCGCAGGGGCAGAGCCGCGAACAGUUGAAUAGAUUUGCUGGAUUUGGUAUUGGACUUGCAAGUCUCUUUACAGAAAAUGUACUGGCCCAUCCUUGCAUUGUUCUCCGCCGCCAAUGUCAGGUUAAUUACCAUGCUCGGCAUUACCAUCUCACUCCUUUUACAAUUAUCAACAUCAUGUACAACUUCAACAAAACUCAGGGACCAAGAGCCCUGUGGAAAGGAAUGGGAAGUACAUUUAUUGUCCAGGGUGUCACACUUGGUGCAGAAGGCAUAAUUAGUGAAUUCACACCUUUGCCAAGGGAAAUUUCACACAAAUGGAAUCCCAAACUAAUAGGUGAACACCUUCUACUGAAAUCCCUAACUUAUGUGGUAGCAAUGCCUUUUUAUUCAGCAAGUCUAAUUGAAACAGUACAGAGUGAGAUAAUUCGCGAUAAUACUGGCAUACUGGAAUGUGUUAAAGAAGGAAUUGGAAGAGUGAUAGGCUUGGGAGUGCCUCACAGCAAACGACUCCUUCCGCUUCUUUCCUUGAUCUUCCCUACGGUGCUGCAUGGAAUUCUUCAUUACAUCAUCAGCUCAAUCAUUCAGAAGUUCGUCCUACUAAUUCUAAAGAGAAAGGCUUAUAAUAGCCACCUAGCUGAGAGCACUAGUCCUAUGCAGAGUAUGCUGGAUGCUUAUUUUCCAGAACUGAUUGCUAACUUUGCUGCCAGUCUUUGCUCUGACGUUAUACUUUACCCAUUGGAAACAGUUUUGCACCGCCUUCACAUUCAAGGAACACGCACAAUAAUUGACAAUACAGACCUUGGCUAUGAAGUGCUUCCAAUUAAUACACAGUAUGAGGGAAUGAGAGACUGUAUCAAUACCAUAAAGCGGGAGGAAGGAGUGCUUGGUUUUUAUAAGGGGUUUGGUGCUGUUGUAAUACAGUACACACUGCAUGCAACUGUCUUACAGAUUACCAAAAUUAUUUACUCUACACUGCUUCAAAAUAGCAUUUGAGAUUUAGGUUCUAUUACUGGUUAAUCCAGAAGGCAUAAUAUGCCAAGAAAUUAUGAGGGAUAAAGGCGAAAUAAUGGGUGAAAAAAAUGUAUCGGAAAGUGAAACUGAUAGGUAAAGCACAUAUUGAUUAUAUUGACUUUUCAGUUCUUUUAAGGCAUAGGUAUAGAUACUGGAUCAAAGCUAUUCCAAAUUUGAAAAUCAGUAAAGAUAACACUAUCACAAUUAAAUUUUAGUUUAGCACUCAUGCUGAAGUAACAUUGAUCCUGGGCAGAAGGAAAAUUUGUCAUCAAAUGUGAAAUGCAAUUUCAUUGAAUCUGUUCUACUUGACUUUAAUAUAUUUGCUACAUGUGUAUUUUACCUUCUAAAUUGUUAUCAGCAAAUUAUCCUUAAUGCAGUGUAUUAUAUCAGGAGGUUUUGCCUGUAAGCAACUAAAUCAUAUCAUCACUGAAAAAACUAAGUAUUAGAUCUGGCAGAAAUUGAAGGACUUUAAAUUGCACUGUCCCUAUAAUACUGUUUUAGAGGCUGUGUAUAUGUAUUAUAUAAAGCCAUCUAUGUACACUUUCAUAACUUGGAAUUACCUUUAUCCCUACAAGUUCUCUGCUGGUAGAUCAACUUAUUGCUUAAAAUAAAAUCAUGCACUUUCUGCUUGAACAUCAGAAUAAACAUCAAAAGCCAAGGUACCUGAAAGAUUGAGUCAAGUAUAGCUUAUUCAACCACAUCUAAACCCAGUAUUUCAGUGCCAGAAACUUAAAAUUUGUCAUGUUUGUAUAGUUUUGUUUGCUUAGCUAGUAAUGUGAAUUAUCAGGCUAUUUUAGAGCUACUCUUAAGAAAGAAUAUCAAAUAAUCAUGACAACUAUUACUAUUUCCACAUUUACAAACUGUGUAUUUAAAGGAACUUCAUUUGCCUUACUUUCCAAAUUAUUUAUAGAGGACACAAAAUCAAAUUUUACCCCGGAAUUUUGUGCCUCUUGCCUGCCAUAUAGUCAUCAUUAAAUAAUGGCUGCAGUUUUUUUUUCUUUUAGUGUUUGUUUAAAGUUUGUUCUCCAAACUAGAUACUUUAAAAAAAGCAAGA